AUGAGCCUAGUCAGAAUUUCAGCUUCAAUAGAAACCGAGGAUUCACAACCGACCUCGUAUAAUGCCCUCUACAACGCCCGCCAAGCUCCGAGGCUCUCCCCCGAGGCUCAGCGACUCUUCUGGACUCUCGACGGUCCCCUGGCUGAAGCCGUCUGGAUCAUGAACACCAAGCGCGACCCGAGUUCUCUCGAGCCGUACUCUCAGGGCGACACCUGGCACCCGUUCUCACAGGCGCCGCUCACGGAGCCCAAGGUCUCGUCUAUCACCGUGCGCACCAACGAAUUACCCGAAUGGGGCGACACGUGCUUUGAGACGCACCGCGAACACAGAGACCCCGGCUGUGACGACGAGGACGGGUCCCUCUUCGCCCUUUGGGGUGACCUACUCUGCUACGAUCCGGAGGAGGACGAGGAGGGAUCAAUGCAUCUGCUGGGAGAGGCGGUAAGCGUAGUUGUAAAGCCUACUGUCGCUCCCUUUGUCACAAUACACGACUACGUGUCGGUGGUGCACCCCUGGCUCCUAAGUUCCCGCGAGGACCUUCUGGCUACCAUGGCUGCCAUGGCGGAAGGCCUGUACAACAAGCCACUGCCCGCAGAGACAAAGCUUAUGGUCAAUAUUAAGGACCCUCAUCUCUUGGUGAUGUGCGAGCAGGUGGAAAGGAUUAGUAAUAAUAUUAAACCGCAAAACAAGUGGUUGGCAACGACGGAUAUUUAG